AUGGUCAACGCCCUAACGCGCCAGGCCGGCUUCAAGCUCGGCCCGGUCAUCCUCGAGACUCUCGUCAAGCACUACUUCGAACGCCACGCCAAGGAGAACGAGGAAGAGAAACCGGGGUCAACCAAGCUUAAGCGGGAGGAGCUGUUGUACGAUGAGGCGUUCAACAUUAUCAAGACGUUCUUGGCAGCAUCCCAGAAGCAUACAGUCGAAGAGCUUCAACAGUUCUCCAACACCCGAACUCCUGCACCGCCAUGGGUGCACACUGUCCGUCUCCUUGUGCCAAUGUCAUGCUGCGAUGAGGCUGCGACGUACCUCAUCAAUGCGCUUGGUGGGGAGGAGACGACGAAACGGAUAGUAGGAGGGACCAAGUGGUGGCAGGUUCGCGGGAUGAAAGGGGUCGAUGCCGAAUGGAUCGCUGCCAAGAAAGACUGGGAAGAGGCCAAGAAGAAGCAGAAGACCCGUAGAGCGUCGAUGGACGGUGCUCAAGAGUCCUCCGCAGAAUAUAAGCCCGAGAUGGACCAGAUGCGAUGCAUCCUGUAUGCGCAUGGGGGAGGUUACUAUUUCGGCAGCAUUGAUCAAGAGAGGUAUUCCAUACAACGUUUUGCUCGAAAGAUCAACGGACGCGUUUUCACCAUCAACUACCGUCUUGCCCCUCAAUAUCCUUUUCCUUGUGCCAUUCAAGACCUUCUUGCUGCCUACAUCUACCUUAUUCGUCCUCCUCCGGGUGCCCUCCACACCCCUGUCGCCCCUGAGAACAUUGUCUUCGGUGGUGAUUCGGCGGGUGGUGGUCUCUGUAUCUCGGCCCUGCAAGUGAUCCGCGAUUCCGGACUCCCUGCGCCGGCCGGUGCAAUCCUCAUCUCUCCGUGGUGCGACCUUACCCACUCGUUCCCAAGUAUCCACCUCAACACCGCGACGGAUGUCAUCCCUAAAUGGGGCCUCUCCUUCCACAAGCCAAGCACGCUAUGGCCACCACCACCCGACGAGCUCACAACGAAGGUACAUCAAAGCCUACGGGCGCGCAUCAGAGAGGCGGUUGCACCCAAAGACAAGGGCAAGGACAAGGCCGGGAAUCUCAAGAUCCCGAAAGGCGAUACGGACGCCGACCCAAACGGCCUUCCCUCGCGCCCUUCUACGCCGGGUUACGACGUUCCUGUUCCCUCCACCGGCCGCACACUGCAUCUCGGCUCCGCUGUUUCGAUCCCGACGCUGGACGCUAUCGACGGGGUGCGCAGUCAGCGGUUGGAAAUGAAGACGUCCGAAGGCGAGACGCUCGAAAUCGACAGGCAAAUCCACAUGUACACGCCGAACUACCUGUUGAACCACCCGCUUGUGAGUCCGGUGCUCUCGUAUUUGGGUGGAUUGCCUCCGCUCCUGGUUAUUGCGAGCGAUAAGGAGGUACUCCGGGAUGAAGUUAUCUAUCUUGCACACAAAGCGGCGUACCCGGAGCAGUACCCUAUUCGGGAGGAGACUCGUCAGUUGUACGCACCUCUGCAAGGAAUUGAAAGCCGGUAUGGGCCAACCAAAAUACACCUACAGGUAUAUGACGGUGCGUGCAUCCCUCCCCUCCCUGUUUCCCAAUUUUUCUCACAUCCCACCACAGACUGCGCGCAUAUCCUUCCCAUCCUGUUCGCCUUCACUACCCCUGGCAAAUACUGCUUCCGCGCCAUCGCCACGUUCAUUAAAUACACCACUGGUAUGCUGCCACGGCCAUUAUCGGAACGGUCGAAUAUUUUGGCAAAUGCGGUCGAGACAACUUCUCCAACGAGCACCCGGCUUGAUCUCCCAGGAACCGCGUCAGACCAGACACCAUCGACAUUGGCAUCUACGAUACGCAGGCCGCAAAGGCCGCCCCCCACCGCAUUGCCCACCGGCAACAAGUCUCUCCGACGCACGCUGAGUGCUGGCGUCACCCGCGCUGGCAGCUUCCUGCGUAAGGCAGACGGGAGCAACACAUCGUCUCUACCCUCCCCCCUCCCUUCGCCAGGGCUUCCCCGGCCAGAUGCCUCGGGAUCGUCCGACGUCGGCGGACCGCGGUUUGGAAAGCAUCAUCACAGUUCCGGCCCACACCCAGGCGUGAGGCGAGCAGGAGAGGACAGCGUCUAUGCGCACGGUCUUGACACGAUGAUCCGCGAGCGCAUCGCGACCCACGGCGCCGUCCGCGCGCUCGAGCCCGAGUCGGAGCUGGCCGCGUUCAAGCUCCCGCCGGAGGUCAUCGGCGACAUCUCCGAGCUCGCGGUGCGGCGGUACAUGGACGCCACGGAGCGGUUCGGGAAGAAGUUCUCCAAGACGACGAAGGCGAUCGAGAAGGCGCGCGCGCGGAACCUCGAGCGCGCGCAGGAGGACAGCGCGAAGACCAUGGAGCAGCUCAAGCAGGUCUUCUCCGCCGCGGCCGCGGGCGGGAGCAGCCCGACGACGGGGGACCCGGGCCCGAACCCAAAUCCGACCCCGAAGGUGAUCCUGUCGUCCACGGGCCACUGGGCGUGGGCGCUCGACGAGGACGAGCACCCGCCGCCGAGCAGCAUCGUCUCCCGGUGGGACACGGAGGAGGCGCGGCGGCUGGCGAAGAUCGCGGACCAGGCGGUGUUCAUGGACCCGAACGCGGUCAGCGGGAACAACCUCUGGUCGCUCAUCGUCAACUUCCUCACGACGACGCCCGACCGCGACGCGGGGAGGCAUGGCGCCGACCAGCACGACCACGCCCGCGCCCGGACGAGUCGCCGGCACGGGUCUGGGUCGAGCUCGGGCGGCUCGCGCAGCGACAGGGACGCGGCAAAGGCAAAGGAGACGGAGACGGAGCGAGAGACGGAGAAGGCAUCGACCCGCGAACGAUUUGCGUCGCGCUUCGCGUGGCUGUCUGCAGAGAGCCGCAGGUCGCAGAGCAUCUCCACCAGCCCCGGCUCGGCGACGCCUCCUCCUCCCCCGCCUAAGCCGUAG